UCCCAGGCUGAACAGAGUAACACCCACCACAGGCAGCCAGGCAAUCCCACAGACAGGGCUGGCAGAGUGCACUCGAUGAUCCCAUCACUCCACGGCGACCUGCAGGCUCCGUUACGGCCGGCCGUUUCCUGUUUACUCGGGGCUUUAUCUGCGUGCAGGACUUAUCGGCCAGGUGUGGCCUUGUGAGCCGGCUCUAAUUGGCUUCACUUGAUGGGCUUGCGAGCAACAUGUGGCCUCUUUCUAUCUCCCUGCUGCUCGCCCUCUCCCUGGCCCACCUCAGGAUGUCGCAUUUCCUUCCAGUCUCCGAGUGGCAGCCGGGUCGCGCCCCCGCCAGCAGAGGCAACGAGAGGGCUGUGCAGCACAUAAAACACAUUCUCCUGAGGGCCUUGAACCUCGAGCAGAUUCCGAGAAUCCACACAGAGAUGGCGAAGCAGCUCCGGUCCAUGUGGAGAGCGAGGCUCCAGGCCACAUCCCACAUCUCUGCAAUUACAGCAAGCAGCCCCCCAGCUGGGAAUGGGACACAAUUUCAGAAUGAAGAGACUGUCGCCGGGACCAACAUGUCCACAAUGCCAUCAUCACCACGACACUGCUGCCAAAUGGCAUCCCAGAUCACCCUCACAGAUCUAGGCUGGCAAGACUGGAUUCUGUACCCAGAGCAAAUAACAUACGUGCACUGUGCCAGCUGCAGGCACCCACGCAACGCAUUGGCCCAUAACUGUCACCGCAACAAAUCAUCCUCGAGUAGCAGAUCUCACAGGAGACACUGCUGCAAAGCGGUGAAGACGAUCUGGGUCCCGAUCGUGUACGUGGAUGAAGAUCUGUCGCUGGUCAUAAGUAACAUUCCCCUGACUGAGGAAUGUGGAGAAGAGCACUGAGGGGGAAGUGUGGAGGAAGUGCCCAAAUAUAAGUUAUUCCAAAUACCUGCGUUCUGAUCAAUUGGACUGCAUUCAGGCGCCGAGAAAAGUAACUAUUUCCCAGUACGUCUCCUGCGGGGAAAACACCACAAAGAGUUUGGACUGUGUUGCUUCUAUGAUGGGGUGGACUGGUGUGCAUGGGAGUGUGCUUGUUCUGUAUGCUGUGCUGGGACGGGGGAGUGGGGGAGAGGGUUUGCUGAGCUGGGUAAGUUGAUGCGUCAUGCUGUGCGUGGGAGUGAGACUGUCUCCGGACGGCGUGCUGGGAACCAGUCACCAUUGUACGGAAAACACUGAACAAUAUUUACUUUGUGCAUCGUUCCUGAAAAGCUGGAGUCAA